ACUGUUUGCUCGAUUAAGGCUAAGGCUUUAGAAACAUACUGACCCGCUGUUCUUGUUCUUAAUUCUUAUUGUUUGUGUGCAAAAAAAUAGAAACUUGCAAAAACAAAAAUAGAAAGGAAAUGAAAAUCAUUGAAAUUGUAUGUGUAUGUUCAUGGACACAUAAUAACUCAGGCCAAUUGGACGCAUUAAAACAUAUUAUAGGACAAAUCACAUGUGCAACUGCGAUAUUAAGCAUUAGCAUACAAAUACAAACCCGAAGGGGCAUUUACGAAGAUGUCACAAAAUCAAUCCUAUUUCUGGCAAACAACCAGGCACAAUGUUUACCUAAAACGCUCAGCGAAAUGGCAUAUGCUAAUUGCGCUAAUGAUAGCGAUUACAUUUUCGACUGUGUGUGCGGAUGAAUUUCAGGAACCAAACAUAAAUGACAAUGUGGCAGUACAAAAGGGUGUACAAACAAACGUCGGUGACUCUCCAAUGCUAGAUAGGGAAAUUGAAUUGAGUUCGACACAACACAAAUUGGCAGAUGAUCACUUGGAGGCAAAGAAGAAAGCUGGCUUUAUUGAUGCAUUCACUGCAUCAAUAUCUGUUAUAUUGUUAACAGAAUUAGGCGAUAAGACUUUCUUUAUUGCUGCCAUUAUGGCCAUGCGCCAUCCACGUUUGAUUGUCUUUGGCGGUGCUAUUGCCGCCUUGGCUCUGAUGACGGUACUCUCAUGCGUAUUCGGCUGGGCAGCGAACUUUAUUCCUAAGGUUUAUACUUAUUAUAUCUCAACUGCAUUAUUUAUAAUAUUUGGCUUGAAAAUGUUGUACGAAGGCUUUAAAAUGAAACCUACCGAUGCUCAAGAGGAGCUGGAAGAGGUGCAAACAGAUCUGCGGAAACGCGAGGAUGAGCUGUUGCGCAAAUCGGCGCGCGGCAAAUACGAAGAUGCUGAUGGAAAACGAAAAAAUAGCAACUCGGACAAGGAGGAUGCCGCCGAUCAGGCUCUGAUCCAUGGGAACGCACGCAAUUCCGGCACAUCGAACACCUCAGAGAUGCAGCACCGUCAGCGAAAGCAACGUAGCAACAACUACAACAACAACAAUACAUCCACCACAUCUACGAAUAAGCAAACAAGCUGUGAUAAAACUGGUUCCGAUAAUGAUUUUAAUGCCCAGCAUGAUUCUGAAGUCUUCCUCAAAGAAGACGGGCGUGUGGUGGAACAACUGAAAAUGUCCACGUUCCUCAACAACAGUCCGGCCCAUUCAGGAUCGAUCGCAUCGAACCAAACCGAACAAACAAUUUGCGCCAGUCCCCGAAACAAUUUAAUUGCGAAUGGUGAAAAGUGCAAUAACACUGCGGCAACCGAUGGUUCAGCAAUUGCCGGCGGGUCAGCACCACUUGCUGGACACGAUAGCCUGCAUAGUUUGAAUGGCAGUUGUUCAUCGUCAUUGGCUGCGGAGCCAAAUGCUGCUGGAUCGGCAAAUGGCUCCCUCAAACGGCUGGAUCGUGAUGUUAAGGGCGCUCUUCUCCACGACCCAGAGCAAGGAAUACGUCGCCAAUCGAAACGUCUCACUGCUACCUACUUUACCAUGCGCAUCUUUGCCCAGGCCUUUACAAUGACUUUCCUAGCCGAAUGGGGCGAUCGCUCUCAACUGACUACCAUUAUUCUGGCCGCUAGCAAGGACGUCUAUGGUGUUAUCACUGGUGGCGUAAUUGGUCACUGUAUUUGCACUGGAUUGGCUGUGAUUGGCGGUCGUCUAGUGGCUUCCAAAAUCUCCGUGCGAACUGUCACUGUUGUGGGUGGCAUUGUAUUCAUUGGUUUUGCUGCCUAUGCGCUGCUGAUGCCGCCCGACGACCUCUACGACUAGAAUGUGCACAAACAAACAGUUCAAAACCACUUGUUGACGACCUCCCCAAACAUAAAAAAUGUUUUAGUGUUAAUAUUACGAGGAGCCGAAGCAGCAGGCGAGCAAUUGCUUCUGGUAUUUGCUUUAAAUUUCUGAAAUUAUGAUACAGACACACCUCAGCUUUAGCUUCUUGCUAUGUCAAAGUGCCUUCAGUGCUUCUCGCUUUAGCCAUGACAUAAGAAUUUAGUUCAAAGAUUUUUUGUUGCCGAGCCCAUAACCCAAACACGAAUAGUAUUUCAGUUAAAAACACAUUCGAUUUAAGUAUUAAAGUUUUGUAAAUACUUAUCUAUGUAAGCUAAGUUGCAAUGUUUUUUUUCUGGCUCCUCUUAGUCGAGUGUAUUUAUGUAGCAGCGAUUACUUAAGAUAAAUUGAGUAUAUUGGAUAUUUGUUCAACUCAUGCAUAAACAAAUUAUUAAAUGCAAAGCCGAUUGUUAUACCGCAAAUAUAAAA